UGGAGCCUCGCGCACAGGUGUGUGCCGCAGGCCAGGUGGGGCGACCGCACCCGCGCCUGGAGCUGGAGAGAACUGCCCCGGCCCUUCCUGAGGAAAGCUCGCGACGUUCUGGGCCGCCAGUUAAAGCGCAGCGGGCGAGGAUCAGCGGCCACCGCCUUCUGGGUGCUCGGAGCUCCUGUUCUGUGGCCGACCUAAACCAGCCCAGGUGCGGAGCUACCCCGGGAAAAGAAUCUUCCCACUCCUGUCUGUGGAUAGAGGAACCGGGCUGGAAGCAUGUGGCUGGUCCUUAGAGGCUGGAGGAGAGGAUGUCUGAGCCCACGUGGAGCCCUGGCACGGGCUGUGCAGGGCCAGCCAUGGCCUCCCUGUAGCCGUGCUGCUGCCAGCGCAGCUUCUGUGGGCCAGGAUGAGUACAGCUUCGUGGUGGUAGGCGCAGGCUCUGCUGGCUGUGUGCUGGCCAGUCGGCUCAGUGAGGACCCCAGCUAUCAAGUGCUGCUGCUGGAGGCAGGGCCCAAGGACUUGCUGAUGGGGAGCAAGAGGCUCCAGUGGAAGAUCCACAUGCCAGCGGCCCUUGUGGCCAACCUGUGUAACGACAGGUACAACUGGUACUACUACACUGAGCCGCAGCCAGGCCUGGAUGGCCGUGCACUGUACUGGCCACGAGGCCGGGUCUGGGGGGGCUCCUCAUCCCUCAAUGCCAUGGUCUACAUCCGCGGACAUGCCGAGGACUAUAACCGCUGGCACCGCCAAGGCGCUGAGGGUUGGGACUAUGCACACUGUCUGCCCUACUUCCGCAAGGCGCAGAGACACGAGAUGGGUGCCAACAGGUACCGUGGUGGUGACGGCCCACUGCAUGUGUCUCGGGGCAAGACCAACCACCCCCUUCACCAGGCCUUCCUGCAGGCAACACAUCAGGCUGGCUACCCUUUCACCGAAGACAUGAAUGGCUUCCAACAGGAGGGCUUUGGCUGGAUGGACAUGACCAUACACCAAGGGAAACGCUGGAGCACAGCCUGUGCCUAUUUGCACCCAGCACUGAGCCGGCCCAAUCUCAGGGCUGAGACCCAGGCUCUUGUGAGCAGAGUGCUGUUUGAGGGUACACGUGCAGUGGGUGUUGAGUACUACAAGAACGGCCAGAGACACGAGGCUUAUGUCAGCAAGGAGGUGAUCCUGAGCGGGGGUGCCAUCAACUCUCCCCAGCUGCUCAUGCUCUCUGGCAUUGGGAAUGCAGAUGACCUCAAGAAACUAGGCAUCCCUGUGGUGUGCCAUCUGCCUGGAGUUGGCCAGAACCUGCAAGACCACCUGGAGAUCUACAUUCAACAGGCAUGCACACAGCCCAUCACCCUCCACGCGGCCCAGAAGCCUCUGCGGAAGAUCUGCAUCGGUCUGGAGUGGCUCUGGAGGUUUACAGGAGAUGGAGCCACCGCCCAUCUUGAGACAGGAGGGUUCAUCCGCAGCCGGCCUGGGGUCCCCCAUCCGGACAUCCAGUUCCACUUCCUGCCAUCACAAGUGAUUGACCAUGGGCGGAAACCCACCCAGCAGGAUGCUUACCAGGUACACGUGGGACCCAUGAGGGGCACAAGUGUGGGCUGGCUCAAACUGAGAAGUGCCAACCCUCGGGACCACCCUGUGAUUCAUCCUAACUACUUGUCAACAGAAACCGAUGUCGAGGAGUUCCGUCAAUGUGUGCGGCUGACCAGAGAAAUUUUUGCACAGGAAGCCUUGGCUCCCUUCCGGGGCAAAGAGCUGCAGCCCGGAAGCCACAUCCAGUCGGACAAAGAGAUAGAUGCCUUUGUGCGGGCGAAAGCAGACAGUGCUUACCACCCCUCCUGUACCUGUAAGAUGGGCCAGCCCUCCGACCCCACUGCUGUGGUCGACCUGCAAACCAGGGUCCUGGGGGUUGAAAACCUGAGAGUCGUCGAUGCCUCCAUCAUGCCCAGUGUGGUCAGCGGCAACCUGAACGCUCCCACAAUAAUGAUUGCAGAGAAAGCGGCUGAUAUUAUUAAGGGGUACCCUGCACUCUGGGACAAGGAUGUUCCUGUCUACAAGCCCCAGACUCUGGCCACCCAGCGUUAAGGGACUGCUUGAGGCAAAUCCCUCUUGCAGUGUUUCUCUGGGGGCCCUCUGAAAAAGGCUAGCAUAUAA